GCGCCUCCUGUCCUCUGUCCUCGCCACUCCAAGACACGCCCACUGCACAUGUCCCAUGAUGUAACGUCGAUGAGCGUUGUACCUUUCAGGCGGGCGUAGGGCUACCACAGACCAGCGUGCGGCUGCACUGCGAGCCGCCGCGGCCGCUACCUUAGUCCAUCUCUACAGGACGCAGGUGGCCACGCUGCGAGCGAGUCGCGCAUGUGCCUGGCCUCUGCGCCGCAACACACACCAUACAAAGUCUCACCUCAUGAGCCACCGCUCCUCCUGCUCCUAUCCAUUACGCCCUGCAGGUGUUGCGAUAAUCGUUGCUUCCGUCCGUUGCCAGCCCGCCAUUUUCGUAUCCAUCAGUGUUCCGUGCCCCUUUGGGAUGACGUACACUAUUCGACCACCCUUUUCUUUCAACAUCACCGGGACAGCAUGAAUUUCCGAUGUGUUUCACGCCUAGAUUAUUUCGAUGUCGCUAGUCCUGCUCCGAUCCACUCUCAUCCGAACUGCCGGCCUGAAGAAGAUUGCGCCCCAAGCAGGAAACAUUCGCCGCCAUGGAGGCCAAAGGAUUUAAACCCCAUACGGCGCCCCGUCUCGCUCGCCUGUGCGCAAUGUGCGGCCAGUGAGCCAUGACUGGACACGACCCUUUUGCAGUUCAAUGGCCGAAAUAGCCCUGAUGAUACGUCCAACCAAUAUGAAUGCACCGCGCCACAUGUCCAAAUACCUCAGGUAUUCAACCUCGUAGGGAACCAUGAUCCCGCGACCAUUGCAACUCUAGUUCUGCACCGCCACAAUGCGCUCGAUUAUUGGUUUGUGUUGCUGAGACAAAGAGCUCGGG